AGCCGAGUCCUCCCAACUCCUCCCUUCCCGCACAUGACGUCAGUCGUGACGAACGGUGGGCACAUCAGACAUGGGAAUCUAGCAACCAUCAGGAUUUUACUGGGAGUGACAUUCUUUUGCCAUUCAGUGAUGGGUCAGGAAGCUGGAAAGCCUUCCUGGCCCAAGCCAACAGGAGGUUAUCAGACAAUUACAGGCAGGAGAUAUGGAAGAAGACAUGCUUAUGUGAGCUUCCGACCCUCCCUGGUUAAGCAAGAAAAUGAAUCAAGACAACAUUUCAAAGAAUGUGAAGGAAUGGAGUUGGACAGUGUUCAGAGGAAUUCAUGCGCAGUUCUUGCUUCAGAUUCUCAAAUUAUAUCAGAAGACUGUACAGCAACUGCAGGCUUGCAUGGUGCUGAGGCAGCAGUUGUCACCACUUUACUGCCUGGAAAAGAUAAAAUGUCAUCAGUGAAUUUCUGUAGUACUGAAGAGGUCUCAGAGGUGCUUCCAGUGAUCUGCACUUCAGACAGUGAAACAGUUUGCCAAGGAGGAGUGGGUUUUGUCAGUCCUGAUUCUUGUGAGCCAGAUAGCAUUGAAAGUAACAACGAACCCCUUAAGGUAGGGCACAGAAUACAGAGGAGGCUGGAUAGCAUGCUUUCAGAGCUGGGGAAAGGAGUAGACUACCUCAGUGAUUUUGAGUCUUACUUUUCUACUGUAAUUCAUUAUACUAACAGAGAUGACUUAGAUGAAUGGGAACCAUUAUCAUCAAGGACACAUUCUAGUGUACAGAUGGAAUUGACUCCUCAAAAUAGGAGGACCGUACAAAGAAGAAAAUCCCUUACUGAUGGUGAUACUGAGAAGUUGAACUGUUUUACUAGCACCGGUGAGAAAAAAAGAAAAUGUGAAGAGGAUCAUCAGGUUACUUCCCCUGUGGGAGCUUGUAGUGGCCCAUAUGCUGAUGUAUAUAAGGCUGACCAAAGUAAUUCCUCAGAAAUGGUUGUUAGACCUAAAGUUCGAAAGGAGAAGCCAUAUGACGGAAGGAAACUUUCUAGCACUGACUUUACUAGGAGUACUAACACUGGGAACAAUUCAGUGGAACUUUCUGAACCUCUGCAAAGUGCCACAGAGUAUACAUCGAAUAGUACUGAAGUAAAAAAUGAUAUUGGUAAGUUCUUGAGCUUUGAGGACUCAGAAACUGUACAUGUGGACAAAAAGGAGGAGAGAAGAAAGACAAAAUGUUUAGCCUGGCUUGAGGAAAGGUGCAGUCCUGCUGAUGAUAACAGGUUUUGGGCUGAAUUUGUCGAUUAUAACAGAAACUCACCUAACUCCAUCAAGGAUAAUGAUAGCUCUGAGUGCAGUGAUGGGGAGUGGUCUGCAAUAUGGACAUCUGGUUUUGCUGAGGAAACACAGUACUCUUCCAGUGAUGAGAGCUGGGAGACGCUUCCUGGCCGCGAUGAACCAGAACCAGAGAGUAGAAGCAGCGAUAGCAGUUUGGAAGAAAAUGCUUCAGAAUUAUGUUUCCCAAUUGGGGAGCAUACAGCUCUGGAAGAAGGAGAAAUCCCAUGGUUGUCGUACCAUGAUGAGUGCACAAAUGAUAGUAGUAGUGAUGAAGAAUCUGAUGCAGUUAGUCAUUUAGUUCACCCAGCAUUUUUCAUGUUGGAUAACAACAACAAUCUUGAAGAUGAUUCCAGCAUAAGUGAAGAUUUGGACGGAUUACUGGAUGAAUUUGCUACUGGACUAGGAGCUGCACAGGCUCUCUCCUACAUGGGUCCACAAUUUCUUACUUACAUGGCUGUUGAAGAGCGGCUAGCCCAAGUCAUGGAGGCUGCCAUGGCACACCUUGAAACCCUUAAUAUUGAUGCAGAGCAGGCUCAUCCUCCAGCUACCAAAGAAAGCAUUGAUUGUCUCCCACAAUUCAGUGUCACAGAUGAUCACAGUGUUGUAGGUCAGGAUCAGUGCUGUGCAAUCUGCUGUAGCGAGUACAUCAGAGAUGAAAUCGUAACAGAGCUACCUUGCCAUCAUCUGUUUCAUAAACCCUGUGUGACCCUCUGGCUCCAAAAGUCGGGAACAUGUCCAGUAUGUCGUCACAUUCUCGUUCCUGCACUUCCAGAAGGUGCUUCAGCAACAUCUUUCUUGCCUGAUCAUGAUAUGCCUCCUUCAGUCCACAGUACUGCAGGAACACGUUAAAGGCUGAAAAUGCAUUCAUCAAUUUAAAUGGGACCAUUUAAGUUCAUCAUGAAAAAGUAAAUGGCAUAAUGUAAAAUGUGAAAUAUAUUAAAAUGUAGCUUAAUGCAGAAUAUUGUAUUGUCAGCCAGCUAGUAGAACUGUGUCUUUAAUCUAAAACAUGAGAAUAAGUAUUCAUUUUCCACAACAGAGUACAUUGAUUUACUUUAUCUAGCACACUAAUAUGCCUUUUUAUUUUGUUCUACUUUUUGCUCUGUUGUGUUGUAUGUUAUGUUCAGGACAUUGAAACUGCUGUGCAGUUAAAGCUCCACAGUUCACACAGUUGCAGCUUAACUGUUACUUAAAGUACUUUCCUUUGUAUUUUUCAUUGUGCAAAGCAACAAUUUAGCAGUUUACUUUGUUUUCACACUUUAUGAAAGGAUCUGUGCAGUUGUAGCAAUACUAAAUAAACUGUUUACGGAAUGCA